GAUGUUGUAAUUAAAGUUUUUUUUGCAGAUGGUAGUUAUAAAUCAAUGAGAGUAAACGAGGAUGACACAACUAAACAGGUAAUUGAAACAAUUCUCCAAAAAGUAACCUUUACUAAAACCAAUGGUUUACUAUUAUAUACUGCAUCAAGAGAAACAAAUUGUAAGUAUCACCAAUAUCAUAUCAUUAUCAUUUUAUUUUAUUAA